AUGGAAUUUCCAUUUAACUUAAAUAAAAUUUCUGCCUCGAGUACCAAAGUAUAUGUUGCUACUUUUGAUUUCGAGAUUGGAAUGAUCAUGGCAGCUGGUGAUGAUGAAUUUCUUUAUAUUGUUGCCUUUAAAGAUUCAAAAAAUGUUAAAGACAUUUUUGUAAAAGUAGCAAAAGAACUUUCAUGUGAAUUUGUAAAUAAAAAGAACAAGUUACUAGAGAAUUUCGAAGUACAAUUAAAAGAUUAUUUUGAUGGUAAACUCAAGAACUUCAGUAUACCUAUUAAAUUUUUUGGUACAGAUUUUCAAAAGAAGGUUUGGGAUUUGCUGUACAAACAAGAUUAUGGAACAACUCAGACUUACGGAGAUUUGGCAAAAGCAUUAGGGCGAUCUGGGAGCCAUGCUAGAGCAAUUGGUGCUGCAUGUGGGGCCAAUGGACAUAUAAUUGUUAUUCCAUGUCACAGGAUAGUUGCAUCAGGUUCAAAGGGAGGGUUCAGUAGUGGUGGUGACAGGAAAGAAUGGUUGUUACAUCAUGAACAUAAGUACAAUUAA